AUGGCGGAACAAGCGCAGGAAUUAUACGGUGCACGAAAAUUCGCACCGGCGAAUAAUACCGGCACCCUGCCCUACGAUCUAUCAAUCGUGAAUGGCAUCAACCUCAUCGCAAGACAAUCGUCUUGUACCAAUUCAUCCUGGGAUCCAUGCACCAACAAGCCUGGAGAGUGCUGCCCAUCUGGAGAGACAUGUUGUGUGACGAGCAAUUGGUGUGCUCUUCCUGGAGGCACAUGUUGUGCAUCAGGUACAUGUCCCUCGGGCUGGAACUGCUGUGGUGUCAGCCAUUGUUAUCCUAACGGCGGCCAGUGCUGCUCGGAUGAAUGGUACUGUGAUCCGGGAUACUACUGCUCAGCUGACGACACUGCGGCAUUCAAUCCCUCUACAGCCGAUGCAGCCUCCGUGUCAGCAACAUCUUCGAAAGCAUCAACAACAUCAUCGUCAUCAACAAGCACCACCACAUCAUCUACAACCGCAAGCAGUACUACUUCAUCCUCACUCUUGGCGGAUAAUACUAGCAGCUCAACUGCCACUUCCACACCCCAGCCAUCUCAUAGUUCUGGGCUUUCCGGGGGAGCAAUUGGUGGUAUUGUUGUCGGAGUCGUCGCCGUUAUCGCUAUUGCCUGUGUUCUAGGUUUUGUUUUCGGCCGCCGACGCAGUAGAAACACGCAGACAGAGCCAGCGCAAACCGCACCACCAACCCCAGCCAUGACUCAAGCACCGCCUCAAUAUACCCAGAAACCCCCUGAAACUCAGUACUCGCCACCUCCAGCUCAAUAUCAAUCUCCACCGACCCAGUAUUCGCCUACCGCAGGUCAACAUGAAUUGGAGGCAAACAGCCCAUUAUAUGAGGUUCAGGGAUCUUUUCCGGACCCUGGAUAUCACAACCCUCAAAGAUGA